AUGGGAGCUGAGAUUGCUUCAUCCUUGAUCGCACUCAUGUAUGAUUUCGGCAGUGAUGACAAUCAUCUCUGGAAAUCCUUCCAGGCCAACAACGAGAAAAUCAGAGGAAUCCAGGAUGAUGAUAAACCCCAGGCUCUUGCAUCUGACCCUGACCCUGUUGAAGAUCCCAUACUGAAGGAGAAGAUCCAUGCCAAGUUCUGGCGGGAUGGGCCCAUUCACACCGAGGGAUUCCGCCAGGUCCGACCCCACGGAGGUGACAAGGCCGAAGCAAAAUUCGAGUCGUCGGAUGAGGUGACGUCGUACAUCCUUCCGAUCUGGUUUUCCUCCAUUUCCAUCGUGGCGCAAAAGGUUGGGGAUCGCAACAUCCUUCCGUUUAUGCAUAUCACGCUGGCGUACAUCUGGAGUUCAUCAUACGUACCUGGCGCUCUAAUUUUCGUUGAAAACUACGUUCCAUGGGCCAAGUUGGUCCAGGCAUUAAAUUCGUUGAGCCGUUCGGGCGUCUCUGACAACCGGAUCGAGGCCAAAGAAUUUCCUCAGCAACAAAGCGGAACGGGACCUCAGCUCCCUGAGGACUUUCUCAUCCGUGGCUUAGUCUGGUCUCCAUAUUACUUCCCGGGCGAUUUUUUCCAUGGCCAGGUUGUAGAUGAAGACGAACGCACCCUCGAGAUGCCCAGCCAUGCGGCACCUCGAGCCGAACGGUGCUUGUGGCUAGGACACAAGUUGGCGUCGUUGAACCGUUAUAUGACUUACGAUGACAAGACGAAGCGCUUUGCCACCACGCAUCUCGCUUCAUCUAUGGCUGAUCUGGCUGCGGCUCAUACGCUAAAGCUAAAGGCAACCCGUUUCCCGGAGGGACAUUCCGCUCUUGAAUGA